UGCUUUACAAUUUUAUGUUACAGUAUCGCGUUGACUAACUAUGAUUCAUUCCUGUAGUUUUCAUUAUUUUCGUUCUAUUUAUUUCGCUCUAAAAAAAAUUCAAGCUCCACUACCCAUUAGUUACAGGUUUUCAACAGUCUAGUUUGUUUAGUUAUUUUAUGUAUCGACUAUCAAAUAUUUUUUCGCCUAACAUUCACAGUCCAAUUAACAGUAUGAGAUAAUUUAGAGUGUAUUUACGUUCUUGAGAAAUUGCUCAGUACGAGCAAUCUCUUUUAAUAAACUACUGCAUCAUGGACCCUAGGGUUCAACCUUCCAGUAAAUAUUUUCCAGUGACAUUGAAUGAUAAUGAAGAACCUUAUCCUAGUCUUUCGGAUUAUCAUGAUUAUGAACCAAAUUUAGAAUUUGAUGAUACUGAACUUCAAAGUCCAUCGGCAGAUAUUGAUUUAGAAAAAUCAUUGGCUAAUCUAAAUGGAACUGGAGGAACUUUAGAUUACAUGGAAUCUCCUGUUUCUGAUGGUACUAUAGAAGAAAAUUUUGAAGAAGAACUUGUUAAUGCUCCACAACUUGUAGAGGGAAUUACCACAUUCAGUAAUAAAAUUACUGGAAAUUUGAUGGAUGAAUUGGAAGCUGAUGAUUCAAAGGAAGAAGAAGAUUUUAGCGAUGUUGCAAAAUAUGGUGUGGUUGAUGUAGUUGGUGACGAUGCUGUGGGACGUAAAAUUAUUGUGGUUUCAGCUUGUAAAUUACCUUGUAAUAAAGAAGUUGAUCAUCCUAGAUUAUUGAGAUACUUAAUGUAUACAUUGGAUAAAUUUGUAGAACAAGAUUAUAGCUUAGUUUAUUUUCAUCAUGGAUUAACUAGUAAAAAUAAACCAACACUGUCAUGGCUGUGGCAAGCAUAUCGAGCAUUUGAUAGAAAAUAUAAAAAAAAUCUAAAAGCUCUAUAUUUAGUACAUCCAACAAGCUUUAUUAAAGUAGUAUGGCAACUAUUUAAAGCUGUCAUCAGUGCAAAAUUUGGAAAAAAAAUUAUGUAUGUUAAUCAUUUACAAGAGUUGAAACAAUAUUUAGACUUAGAUCAAUUAAACAUUCCUUUCUCUGUUUUAGAGCAUGAUCAACAAUUAAUGCGAAAACUAAAUAAAGGUAAGGUUUUGCCUCAACAUAUGGAACUAGAAGCUGAAGUUAAACCUGAACCAUUGGCUACACAACAGUUUGGUGUUUCUUUACAAUUUAUUAAAGCAAAUAAUAAUGAUGAAAUUAUUCCUCCUGUAGUUCGAAAAUGUAUUGAGUAUCUAAGUCAACCUGAUGCUUUAGAAACAGAAGGUUUAUUCAGACGAUCUGCUAAUGUUAUUCAAGUCAGAGAUUUGCAAAACCGAAUUAAUCUUGGUGAAUUAGUUGACUUUGGGAAUGAUGUACAUCUUGCAGCUGUUUUAUUAAAAACAUUUUUAAGAGAACUAGAAGAACCUUUAAUGACAUUUGAUUUGUUUGAUGAAAUAACUCAAUUUCAAUCUCUCCCCAAAGAAGAACGACCAAGACAAGUAAAAAUCUUGAUUCUAGAAAAAUUACCUCUUGACAAUUAUCAUUUACUUAAAUAUUUGAUCAAUUUUUUAUCAAAGGUAAUGGACAGGUGCGAUUUAAAUAAAAUGACAUCGUCUAACCUUGCUGUAGUAUUUGGUCCAAAUUUAGUACGUAGUCCUAGUAGUCAACUAUCAUUAGCUGCAAUAGGGCCAAUUAAUGCAUUUACUGAUUUUGUGCUUGUAAAUCAUGAUCAAAUUUUUAUUAUAUAACUCCUCUACACAUAAUCUAUGAAUUACAGGACUUAUCAAUCAAUUUAUUUAUUUGAUUAUUAAAUCAUUGUAAUAUUUUUCUAAUCAGUAACUUUGACAUAGUAAUUCCAUAAUAUAUCAUUUUAAUUAGUUUUAUUA